UAGGGUCCAGUGUGACAAACAGGAAAAAUGGUAUAGAAGAUAUCUACCAUGGUAGAUAAGUAUGAUGAAGAUUUGUAUGAAAACCCAUUCUUCAUUGCUUUACAGACAAACUUUCCUCAAUUGAAUGAAAAAGCAACAUCUAGUUGUUGGACAGUCUGCAUACCACGAUAUUCCUCCGUGGAACAUGGAAGUUUUACAGAACAUGAUGUAAAGGAUCACAUUAUUAUUACAACACAGGCCGAGACAGACUUUUAUUCAACUUGGUCUGGAAAGAAAGUCUGCAUCACAGAUGGAAAGCUUGCAUUAAAGAUAGGGAAUGAAGAAAAUACGGUGCCAAUUUUAUUUGAAGAGACAUUUUACAACAACAGUGAUGAAUCUUACAAAGUAUUGUGUAUUGGCUGGCCACUGAAUACUAUUCCUAAAGAUAAUGUUAAAAAUGAUCACCUCAAGACUGCAGCAAGGCCAGCCACAUAUGAAGAGUGUUGUAGAUUGCUGUUUGGACACUCUGGAUCCAGAAGAAGUCAGGAUGCUGUUGACAAACUACUGGAUUCCUUUGCAAAGUCCUACCAGAUAUCAGGAGAAAAGUUUGUUGAUAUAGUUGACAUUGCUUCUACACAGUACACCAAAGUUAUGCAGACAGCCAUGAAAGAUUCUAUUGUGAGACGACAAGCACAAGAAAGCCAAGGAAACAUGGAUAAUUUAAAGUUUGCAGUGGAGGCCUACAUGAUGCAAGCCAUUCAUAAAGAAUUAUUCCAAGUCAUACUAACCAACUUUUCUAGUCAGGAUACAGAUAUCAAUAAGAUGAGGAGAAAUUUAAAGGACAUUAACCUCAAUAAUCUAGGUGUAAAGUCAGAUUUCAUUUCUAAUAUAGUUCCUGCCAGAAAGGAAUUGGUCAGGCUGAAUUCCUACUCCACACCUUUUGGGAGGAUGAAAUGUUUGAAAAGAGUAGUCUCAAUUUUAUGUAGACCUCCAAAGAGAAAGAAUUCAGUAGAGGAAUCCAUAGUGAUCACCACAGAUGAUUUCCUUCCUAUGUUAAUCUUCCUGAUUGUAAAAUCUGAUAUUCCUAAUUGGACGGCAAAUCUUAUGUAUAUGAAGCAUUUCCAUUUUGCUAGAACAACAGAUGAUGAUGAGUACUUGUAUUAUUUAACUACAGUAGAAGCUGGACUAGAACAUAUAAAGAGUGGUAAACUUACAGAAGAAUCAAGCAAAGCUAAUAUUGUUGUUUUUCCUAAACAUGACAACAAGACAGAAAUCAAUAGACAGACGUCCAGUAAUAUUGUAGACAGAUUUUUCCAGUAUGUCCAAUGUGGUGAUGAAUCAGCUGUGAUUACAUUACUGAGGAAAUUUAAAUCUGGUCAGGAUGAUAUAAGUCCGUUAAUGUGCCAUCCUCUUUGUGGCUGUGAUAAAUGUUCACGUCUCACGUCACAAGUUAAAACAGAUGAAAAUCUUGUAACAGCAUACACAAGAGAUGACAGAGGUUACACAGCUCUACACAUUGCAGCUUUACAUGGCCAGGCACAUUUAAUAGAUGUUCUUAUUCAACAUGGUGCUAUAGUGAAUGCUAGUGAUUACCUUGGACUAACACCCCUUCACCUUGCUUGUCAAAAAGGCUUUCAGAGUAUAAUUUUGUUACUGCUCCACUUUAAAGCUGAUGUAAUGUUGACAGACGGAGUUGGGAACACACCACUUCAUCUGUGUGUUGAUAAUGGCCAUGAAGAUUGUGUAAAAGGUUUAGUUUUUUCUGAUAUAUCAAGAAUAAAGUUAGAUAUCAGUGCACAGAACGAGAGAGGAGAUACACCUCUUCACUUAGCAGCAAAAUGGGGCUAUGGUACGAUUGUGAACACAUUACUAGAGAAUGGUGCUGAUGUUACUAUCAAGAACAGAAAGAAACAGACGGCAUUAAGUCUGGCACAGAACAAAAACGUUGUACAGAUAUUUACUGACUUUAAAAUGCGUCCAAAGAUAGACAUGUCUAGAUCAUAUUCACAAUCAGAUUUAGACUACAGUUAUGUAAAAGUAGUGAAACAUGACCAUGAAAUCAAGCCCCGUGCAGAAUCAGUAUCUUUACCGAAUACACCUAUGGUGGAAUCUCUAGACCUGAUGGAGGAGAGACAGAUAGCUUUGUUAUACAAGGCCAUUGAAGAUAAUGAUAUUACCCUGGUACAGUACCACUUGGGAUGGACCAGUUUGGACAGUGAAGAAACGGAACCUAUCUCACCAAACUCCCUGGAAAUGUGCCAUCCUUUGUGUCAAUGUAAAAAAUGUACUCAAGUUCAAAAGAUCUCAGGUAUUGGUAAGAAUGGUUUGCAUGUCAGGAUCAAAGAUAAAAAAGGAUAUACACCUCUUCACAGAGCUGUUCUUGCCAACAGUUUAUCUCUAGUCCAUUUAUUUGUAACCAAAGGUGCCAAGAUUAACGAUGUUACAGCCAAGUCUAUUACACCCCUACACUUAGCUUGUUACCUAGGCUUUACUGAUAUAGCAAACUAUCUAGUUGGAAAUGGAGCUUUUGUUAAUGUUAAAGACAGCAUGCUGGACACGCCACUCCAUCUUUGUUGUUACAAGGGCUUUAAUGAAAUAGUUGAUAUGUUAAUUCAGAAUCAUGUAAUGAUAAAUCCAGUCAAUAAACAAGGUGAUCUACCACUGCAUAUAGCUGUUAAAACACAAAACCUAGACACUGUCAGGAAACUCUUAAAGGCUGGAGCUCUUGUAAACAUCAAAAAUAAAGAUGGUGGAAUUCCAUUAUUUUAUACCAAGAAUUCAGACAUAGUAGAACUUCUGAAGAACUACACAAAGAAUGUGAUUCGUCAUGAUAAUGAACAGAUUACUCCAGCACUAGCACAGGAAACAAAUGAACAUUGGAAGCAACCAAAAGUACAUCACAUUUUGAAAGCUACAGAAGAAAGGGACUUGAAUGCUUUACAUGAGCUUUGUCAAUCCAUAGAAACAUUUGAUCCAAAUUCUAGUCUCCGUCGUACCUCUACCGUAGAUAAAAGUUCAGCUCAGCUUAUAAAUUUACAACGUCAGCUGUCUAUAAGAGCUUUUGAUUUAUCAACAUUAAGGCAUGUUCAAUCCAUAGACAAAAGUGAACCUUUACAUAUUUAUAAAUUGGUGCUAAAGGAGAAAAGUAAAUGUGAUGGAACACUUAACAGUUCUGUUAAUGAAAAUAUCAGUGAUGAAAAAAAUUCUGAAUUUGAAGAAGGCCAGUUCAUUGAACAAAUUAAUGUUAUUGAAAAUGCUGACAGUAAAACUGAUAAUGCAGUUAGCAAACAUGCAAAGAACAUGGAAGAAAACUGUGAUAAUAUUGAAACUGCUGAGAGUUUUUUAAAAUAUUGUUCUGAAAAUAAAGAAGUCAGUGAAAGUGAUAAAAACUGUUCUUCAUUUGAAAAGGUAACAAUCAUGUCAGAAAGUAUUGAAGACUGAGCUUUAUGAAACAUGAUUGAAAACUCAGUCUUGAAACUGAUACAGUUAUUCGUAAGGAAUGUAUUCAGAUGAUGACCAAACAACCAGUAAACUUAAGAGGACCAAUGGCAGGAUAAAAGGGUAUUUCUCCAAGCUUUCUUGUGAUGGCAGAUAUACUCACAAAUAAUAGAUAUUCAAUCAUGAACAUUAUUCCUAAUUAUUUGUUUCAUUAUCUGUCAAUAAAAUCAAUGUCCAUUUAAAUGUGCCUCAUUGUAUUCAUAAGUUUAUAUUUAUUUUUUUUCAAAAAGAGUAUCAUAAAAGGUAUAAAUUUUUUCAGUAUUUUGUUUUCCGAAUUUCAGGUCAAGGUUAUGAAAGUACUGUUUUUCAUUUUCCCUGUUUUCUGAUAAAUGGAUGGAAUUUUAUUUUGCAGUUACCAUUAAGAUACAGUCAAACAUCAAUAACUUUGUCAAACUCAUGGUAUUUUAUGAAAGUUGGACCGGAAUUUUUUUUUAUGAUCAAGAGCAAAUUUUAAAAAAAUACCUAAGUUUCUUUGUGAUCAUUGCUUUUCUUUCAAUAAACAACUGCGAACAGGGGAAUUACACAUUGAUUAUGAAAAAAUAGCAAUUAGUAAGGAACAGAGUAAAUAGGUUAAGAAAUAAAAAUAAUUUUUAAACACCUUGAUUGGUUUUGCUGUACCAUUUUGAAGCAAUUGAUAGUAAAUGUUUUGUCUUUUGUAGUUCAUUGAGUCCCUUUUCUUGCAGUCAAUUAAGAUAUGCUCACUAAAUUUUCAGAAUAUUCAGAAGCUGUUAUUUACAUGUGUUAGAUAACAAAUCCUGAAUUGUAUGACUAGUAACACAACAGUAUAAGACUGACCACUAGUAAGCCAAUAUUUAAACAAUACCGAGUUCUCUACAAGACGAAUAUAUAGCUAUAAAAAAACGUAGGCUCUUAACAAGUCUUGACAUUUUAUGUCAUUUUAUGUCCAGACAAUUAAAAUGAUAUAAAUAUGAAAAUGGUUGUUUCAUAUUAUAAGUCAUUUACUAUCUUCUUUGUGAUUUUCUUUAUGAUCAGGUAAUUUGUCUUUAGACAUAUAAAUAAACUCAUCAUAGAUACCAGGAUUGAAAUUUUGAACACCAGACACACGUUUCAUCUUCAAAAGACUCAUCAGUGAUUCUCGAAUAAAAAAAAGUUAAAAAAGCCAAAUAAAGAUUGAAGUUGAAGAGCAAUGGGAACCCAAAAUUCUUAAAAGUUUUGCCAAAUACAACUAAGGUAAUCUAUUCCUGAGGUAGAAAAGCCUUGGUAUUUCGAAAAUUUUAUAAACAGCUAAUUUAUAAUUAUGAUAAAACAGCAAAAUAUCAAAUUUCCAUAAAUGUUUAUAUCUAUUCAUUUGCAUAUAGCAGUUACAUAUGUCAAAUACAGAAUGAUAUUAUUUACAGUUUAACAUUUUUUUUAAAUUUUACUUAAGUUUGUAGUAAAAGAGUUUAUGUUGGAUGAAUAUGUAUCCAUGUUUAUCAAACUUAAUACAUUGAGUAAAACUGUUUUAGAGAAGUGUUUUAUUGCUAGAACAUGUUUGGAAAUUAUGAUCAUGUCUAAUUUCCAUUGAGAAAUAGACGUUCCAUAUUUUACAAAUGCAUGCAUGAGAAUAUGAUAAGUGUUGGUAAUACUUGGGCAAUUUAACAUAUAUAGUAUUAUAUGUAUUAUUAUGAGUGAUAUAUGAUUUUAUUAAUGAUCAGAAUGGAAGCAAUGGGUGUUAAAUUACUAUUUUGUGAAAUGACACAGAAUUGUUUAUAGCGAUAUUAAAUUUGGCUUUGUUUUAACUGCUCAAUAAACAUAGUUAUCAUGACAACUUAAAAAUUCAGAUUUGUGUUAUAUUCAAUGAUUUAUGUUGCUGUUUUAUGAAAAUAAUUGUUAUUUAUUACAUAAUUAUUGUUGGCAGUUUAUAAAUAAAUUAAUGAAAUGGAA